UAGUAACGUCACUGGCACUAGUGGUUAAGUCGCGCAGAAUAUCUGAGAGUGCGUGUUUUGAGACUUGAGACUCGGGGGAGGGACGGAAGAAGAAGAAGAAGAACAAAGAUGGAAUUACUUCCCGCUGGUGCCCCUCCGAUCUCGAAGAAACAAGGGUUCCGAUCGCUGAAGCUUGUGAACGCCGAUAUGGACCAACUCCUCUCCGACCAACCAGUCGGCGUCCACUACGGCACACUCGAAAAUGGCCUUCGCUAUUACGUUCGCUGCAAUUCCAAGCCUCGCAUGAGAGCUGCUCUCGCUCUUGCCGUCAUGGCUGGAUCAGUUCUAGAAGAAGAGGAUGAGCGUGGAGUUGCUCACAUUGUUGAGCACCUCGCUUUUAGUGCUACGAAGAGAUACACCAAUCACGAUAUCAUUAAGUUUCUUGAGAGCAUUGGAGCUGAAUUUGGCGCUUGUCAGAAUGCCGUGACCUCUGCGGACGACACCGUUUAUGAGUUGUUGGUUCCCGUGGACAAGCCCGAGUUGUUGUCUCAGGCUAUUUCGGUUUUAGCUGAAUUCAGUUCUGAGAUUCGAGUCUCGAAAGAUGACUUGGAGAAAGAAAGAGGAGCUGUCAUGGAAGAGUACAGGGGGAGCAGGAAUGCCACGGGGAGGCUGCAGGAUGCUCAUUGGAUUUUGAUGAUGGAAGGUUCAAAGUAUGCUGAAAGGUUGCCUAUUGGACUAGAGAGAGUGAUUCGGACAGUUUCUCCUGAGACUGUGAAGCACUUUUACAAGAAGUGGUACCAUUUAUGCAACAUGGCUGUGAUAGCAGUUGGAGAUUUUUCUGAUACGGAGGGUGUAGUUGAGUUAAUAAAGACUCAUUUUGGCCAGAAAAUUCCAGAUCCUGAUCCUCCCCUUAUACCAACAUUCCAGGUUCCAUCACAUGAUGAGCCACGAUUUUCAUGUUUUGUUGAAUCUGAAGCUGCUGGGUCUGCAGUGAUGAUUAGUUAUAAGAUGCCAGUAGAUGAGCUUAAAACGGUUAGAGACUACAGAAGUUUACUUGCAGAAUCCAUGUUCCUCUACGCAUUAAAUCAGAGAUUCUUUAAAAUAUCACGUAGAAAGGAUCCACCCUAUUUCUCCUGUUCAGCUGCUGCUGAUGUUCUAGUCCGUCCAUUAAAGGCCAAUAUAAUGACUGCAUCUUGUAAAGGAAAAGGAACUAUUGAAGCCUUGGAAUCAAUGUUAAUAGAGGUUGCAAGAGUACGACUUCAUGGCUUUUCAGAGCGUGAAAUAUCUAUAGUUCGUGCACUACUGAUGUCAGAGAUUGAAUCUGCCUAUUUGGAACGAGAUCAAGUUCAAUCUACCAGCUUGAGAGAUGAAUAUUUACAACAUUUUCUACAUAAAGAACCUGUUGUUGGGAUUGAGUAUGAGGCUCAACUCCAAAAGACUCUUCUACCUCAUCUAUCGGCAUUAGAGGUAUCUAAGUGUUCGGAGAAAUUGAGGACAUCAUGUAGCUGUGUCAUAAAGACCAUUGAGCCCCAACCAUUUUCUGUGCUUGAUGAUCUGAAAAAUGUGGUUAAGAAAGUCAAUCUUCUUGAGGAAGAGGGUGGAAUCUCUUAUUGGGAUGAUGAACAUGUUCCAGAAGAAAUCGUUACUACAAAGCCAAAUAUGGGGCAUGUUGUAAAGGAAUUGGAAUAUUCAAAUAUUGGAGCUACUGAACUAAUUCUGUCAAACGGCAUGCGAGUCUGCUAUAAGCGCACGGACUUUCUCGAUGACCAGGUUAUCUUCACAGGGUAUUCGUAUGGGGGCUUGUCUGAACUCCCUGAGAACGAGUAUUUCUCUUGUUCAAUGGGACCAACCAUUGCUGGGGAAAUUGGUGUGUUUGGUUAUAGGCCAUCUGUCAUAAUGGAUAUGCUUGCUGGCAAGAGAGCUGAAGUUGGUACCAAGAUUGGUGCAUAUAUGAGAACUUUUUAUGGUGAUUGUUCACCUUCAGACCUAGAAACUGCUUUACAGCUUGUCUAUCAGUUGUUUACAACAAAUUUAACACCAGAUGAAGAAGAUGUCAAAAUAGUGAUGCAAAUGGCUGAAGAAGCAGUCUGUGCUCAAGAUAGGGAUCCUUAUACUGCUUUUGCAAACCGUGUAAAGGAACUUAACUAUGGAAACUCUUAUUUUUUCCGGCCCAUUAAAAAAAGUGAUCUACAAAAGGUUGAUCCACUGAAAGCUUGUGAAUACUUCAGCAAAUGUUUCAAAGAUCCAUCAACUUUUACAGUUGUGAUAGUUGGGAAUAUUGAUCCUACCAUUGCGCUGCCCUUGAUAUUGCAGUACCUAGGCGGAAUACCAAACCCUCCUGAACCGAUUAUGCAUUUUAAUCGUGAUGAACUGAAAGGAUUGCCUUUCACUUUUCCGACAACAAUCCAUAGAGAAGUGGUUCGGAGUCCCAUGGUAGAAGCACAGUGUUUGGUGCAGAUUUGCUUUCCUGUGGAGCUGAAGAAUGGAACCAUGGUGGAAGAGAUUCACAUUGUUGGGUUUCUGAGCAAGCUGCUUGAAACAAAAAUAAUGCAGGUUCUCCGUUUCAAGCAUGGCCAGGUGUAUAUGUAUUAUCGGCUUUUUCUGUCAGUUGUCAUAUAUGAUAUUAAAAAAAACUAUUUCUCAGGCUUUACCUCUGUGUACCAGAUAUACUCUGUAGGUGUUUCAGUAUUCCUUGGUGGUAAUAAACCCUCAAGAAUAGGUGAUGUUCGUGGAGACAUUAGCAUUAAUUUCUCCUGUGAUCCAGAGAUAUCUUCCAAGCUGGUAGAUAUUGCUUUGGAUGAAAUGUUGCGUCUUCAAGAGGAAGGGCCUUCAGAACAGGAUGUUUCUACCAUACUUGAAAUUGAGCAACGAGCUCAUGAGAAUGGACUGCAGGAAAACUAUUACUGGCUGGACAGGAUUUUGCACAGCUAUCAAUCGAGAGUCUAUUCUGGUGAUGUUGGCACUUCUUUUGAGAUUCAAGACCAAGGGCGGUCAAAAGUUAGAUCAUCCCUUACACCAUCCAGUGCACAGUUGGCACUAAAAAGAAUAUUGCCUUUUCCUUGCAAAAACCAGUAUACUGUUGUGAUUCUAAUGCCCAAGGCUUCUCCUUUUAAACUACUGAAAUCAAUAUUCCAAUGUACUCGAACGAAAUAUGGGAGAGAAGCAAAGAUUUUGGUAGGAGUUGCUGGUCUGGCAGUUUUCGCACUUGGGUUAUGGAGACAUUCACGGAGUGCCCAAAAUUAUAGUAGACAUUUGCUUACCAGAGCCGCGAAUUAGAAGUUUUCCGAUAUGCUUGAUUCUUUAUUUCACUAAAGACACAACGUACAUACCAACAUUGUAAGUAGGUUAUGUAAAACACCGGUUAGUUAUGACUUAGGAGAGAAAUUAGGUGUUUACGUGGCCCCAAUGAGGGAUUGACAUGAAACAUAUGUACAUUGAUUAGUGCUGCACAGAAUUUUAUCAUGCAGCUUCAUUUGCUUCUUUCCAAAAAGAACGGGAAACCGGCUGGUGGUGCAGUAUUGUAUGCAUAACCCAGGUUAUUUUCUGAUCUUUCAUACGCCGGUUGUUAUGAUAACUCUGUACUUCAGAGGGGACAUUAUAUAUAUUUUUUAAAUUGAUGAUUAU